AUCCGUUAUCUGUGUUUAGAAAUUGGUCACAGUGUGAGGGGGGAAUCAGCCUGUUGAGGCAGGCAAAGCCGGUAAAGCAAAGGGAAGGUUUAGCGUCUGUGGAGCAAACGGACAAUAGCAUGACGUCUUAAUCUUGGCGGUGAAAGACGCGACGCGUUGCAGAGUGGACCGCGGACUCAGUUUCUUGAAAUUUCUUUUUCCCCGUGCGACGAAUUAUUGCUGCUUCUUCAGCUGCGGAAUGGCUCUGUCACCAGCAAAAGACGAGACGGCUGGUCUGACCCCAUCGAGCCCGCCCACCCCGAUGGCAGACAGCUGGUGUUUCACCCAUCUUAGGGUCAUCAAGUUCUCAUACAUGUGGACCAUCGACAACUUCAGCUACUGCCGGGAGGAGAUUGGAGAAGUUCUCAAGAGUUCAACGUUCUCUAGCGGACCCGAAGACAACCUCAAAUGGUGUCUUAGGGUCAACCCGAGAGGGCUGGACGACGAGAGUCGAGACUACAUCUCCCUCUACCUUGUCCUGGUCAGCGGGAUGAAACCUGAAGUCAGGGCAAAGUUCAAAUUCUCAAUCCUCAACAAUAAGAGAGAGGAACGGAAGGCAAUGGAGAGCCAGCGGGCGUACCGGUUUGUCCAGGGGAAGGACUGGGGCUUCAAGAAGUUCAUCAGACGAGAUUUCCUGUUUGACGAGGCAAACGGGUUGCUUCCAGAGGACAAACUCACCAUUUACUGUGAAGUAAGUGUGGUGGCCGACGCCCACAAUGCCACUGGCUCGAUGCACGACUACCCUCGUGUCCCCGAGUGCACCCUCAGCUCUGACCUCGGGGUACUCCAGGAUAAAGGGAUGUUCAGUGACGUCACUCUCUCAGUCGGAGGACAGGUGUUCCAGGCCCACAAGGCUGUCCUCGCAGCCAGAUCCCCUGUCUUCUCUGCCAUGUUUGAACACAGCAUGGAGGAGAGCAUCAAGAAUCACGUUGAGAUCAACGAUGUUGAUGGAGAGGUACUGCGGGAGAUGCUGAAUUACAUCUACACUGGGAAGGCACCAAAUCUCAAGAAAACUGCUGACCAGCUGCUUUCAGCCGCUGACAAGUAUGAUCUAGGUAGACUCAAGACAAUGUGUGAGGAGUCACUGUGCAACAGUCUCAGUGUUGAGAAUGCUGCUGACACACUCGUACUGGCAGACCUGCACAGUGCAGAGCAACUCAAGGCAAUCAGCAUUGAAUUCAUCAACAGUCACGCAGCUGAAGUCAUGGAAACUGGGGGUUGGACCCUACUUAUUAACAGUCAUCCCAAUCUCGUAGCCGACGCCUUCAAGGCACUCGCGCAGACUUCGUUGGCACGGAAACGGCCCCGCCUCUCCAGCAACUGACGACACACCAACCAUUGGUCUAUAUACACUGAACUUGGCACAAAUAAGACCAACACUUCCCAUUUAAUGCCCAUCAUCAUAUCGCCCUCGAUGUAUCUGUGAUUUUUUUUCAAACUUUUACUUUCUUUCCGCUGUCCAUUUUAAUACCAAUUGCGUUCAUAAUCUAUACUAAUCAUACUUUUAUCAAUUAUGCACACGGUAAAAUAAUAUAUACACAUUUUCACGAGAAGUUUAUAGUUCUUUUGACUGUUGAAGUGUAUUCGUGAGGAGAUGCUUCAGGGCUGCUUCGGGGUUUGAAUUUGAAUCGACCAAUCAGAAGAAGGCUCUCGGGUCUGCGUCGGGGUCCUUCAGAUUGCGAAAUCUGCAGGAGAGGACGAUGCCAACCACCUGAGUAAAGCUGAAGAUGAGUCCAAAGCUGCCGGCCAGCCACACGGUGUCGGACACGCCCUUCUUCCAGGAGGUGUAGCAGGCCGGACACGACUCACACUGUCUCAGGACAGAGCAGUUUCCGAACGGUGUCUCCACCUCACACGUUAACUCCAUGGCGUUGCCAGGGUUGCCGUCACCGUGACAACAUUUCUUGUGUUUGGUGAGAGCAGAUGUAUUGCAGAAAGGGUGAGCGAUGUGGUUGCAACCUGUGUCGCAGCCGUCGUCAUCUGGGCUGUUGUAGAUAAUGUGGCGAGAUUCAUUGUUGAAUCCACAGCAGUCAAAGUGAUCCUGGAUCGACUGAAGAGGGGAGAGGAAGAGGAAGAGAUAAAGAGAGAGAAGGAAAACGUAAAUGUAGACAAAGACGGUCUAAAUUAACAGAGAAGGAGAAAGAGAAAAAGUGAGGAUGGCGCAAACACAUGACAAAAUACAGUGUAACUCAAGAGAGAGGGUAAGUUAGGAAGAGG